AAAUUUAAAAAUCUGCUUUUUGUCCAGCUUCAUUGAUGAAUUAGUUUGUUACGCUUCGACUUUCCGCUUCCUCCCUGUCUGCAUUUUCCUCCUCUCCCUGGGGAUUUUCCCUCUCGGCCUUUUGUUUUUCUUGCUCUCUCUUCCGUUUUCCCUGGAUUUUCUUGUCCUUCCCUCUCUUCUUUUUCUUGUUGCUCUUUAUAUUCCGAACUGCCGGAGUUUUCUGAUACUCUCCCUCGACGCCAUUUUGGGGUUGGUCGGAAUUUUCUGGCCUUUCCCGCCUUCUGAUCGAUCUCCUCUUGUUUUCCCUCUGUUCCGUUUUCUUCUGGCGUUUAAUGCGGUGAUUCACGAAGAAUCGGGUUAUUUCCUGAUCUGCUAAUAUCGUAAGCGGCGUCUUGAAUUGAGAAGGAUCUGAGGGUAGUUUACCUUUCCAGGUAUUAGAGUUACCAGCUGAAGAAUCUGGAGGUGGUGGAUUUUGUUCAAAAUGGGAAGAUUGUUCCUGGUAAAUCUCGAAGGAUCGAUCUACAGCUGCAAGCAUUGUCGUACGCAUUUCGCAGUUGCUGAUGAUAUCAUCUCCAAGUCGUUCCAUUGCCGGCAUGGAAAGGCAUAUCUCUUUGACAGAGUCGUGAAUGUCACUGUUGGAGAGGAGGAAGAUCGCGUCAUGAUGACCGGAUGGCACACCGUGGUCGACAUAUUCUGCGUGGGGUGUGGCAAUCUCGUUGGCUGGAAAUACGAAGCUGCAUACGAGAAGUCCCAGAAGUACAAGGAAGGAAAGUUCAUUCUGGAGAGGUUUAUGGUGCUUGGACCUGAUGGGGGCGGGUACCAUAUGAAUGUGGAGGAGCAGAUUCUCGGAAGCGAUGAAGAAUGAAUGAUCUGAUCUUGCCAUGUAUUGUGGUAUAGUACAUUCUCUCCCCUUCAAUACAUAGAUUAGUUUUUUUUUGUUUGGUCCAGGGGGUGUUCAGUUGAUACAUAGGCACACACUCACUCAUUAAAAUCCCAAUUGGAUUUUUCAUCAAAGUAUCUCAUCUGUUUUUGGCGUCAAGUCUUUUUGCCGGUGAACUUUUGUUUCGCCGUUCUCGUGUUCCGUACAUAUUUGAGGCGUUCUAUGCAGUUAUUACAUAUUUGUGUCCA